CUUUCUCCCAGAGGAGUUGCUUGGCAUCAAACCAGAUUACUCAGUGUCCCUUUUUGUACUUAAGCACGCCCUGGUCUGAGAUCAAUAGAGUUGUGAUGGCUGCCAGGACGGGAGGGUGAGGCUGGUGAGGGUAGGUGGGGAGGGAGAGCUAACCUUCAUUUUCCAGGUAACUAGCCCGCUUUUGUCAGACAUGUGGUCAGAUUGGGUUGCUCAUCCUGUGUUCGUCUGCCCAGGUGCCUGUUGAGCACUGCACUCAGCCACACAAAGGGCUGGGGGCUUGCAUGUGCUGGUGAGUGUGGCAUCUGACUGCCAGCACAUGGAAAGAAAUAGUGCCUCAUCCUAGGGAUGUAGUGGACGUCCUCCCUGCUGCUGUCCUGGCUGCCCCUUAUUAUCCAACUUUCAUAUCUAGAUUUCAGCUGAUGUUAAGGACAACCUAAACUUAAUUUUAUUUAUUUAUUUAUUUUUUAGACUGAGUCUCACUCUGUCACCCAGGCUGGAGUACAGUGGCGCCAUCUCGGCUCACUGUAACCUCCGCCUCCCAGGUUCAAGUGAUUCUCCUGCCUCAGCCUCCUGAGUAGCUGGGAUUACAGGUGCCAAUGACCAUGCCUGGCUAAAUUUUGUAUUUUUAGUAGAGAUGGGGUUUUAUCAUGUUUACCAUGUUGGCCAGGCUGGUCUGGAACUCCUGACCUCAAGUGAUCUGUGCCUAACCUUAACCCUAAAUUUUUUAUUUUUUUGAGACAGUCUUGCUCUGUCAUCAUGCGCCAGCCUGGAGUGCAGUGGCGCGAUCUUGGCUCACUGCAACUGGGUUCAAGCAAUUCUCCUACCUCAGCCUCCUGAGUAGCUGGGACUACGGGCGCAUGCCACCACACCCAGCUUUUUUUUUUUUUUUUUUUUUUUUUGGUAUUUUUAGUAAAGCUGGGGUUUUACCAUGUUGGCCAGGAUGGUCUUGAUCUCUUGACCUCGUGAUCUGCCCGCCUUAGCCUCCCAAAGUUACAGGUGUGAGCCACCAUGCCCCACAACCCUAAAUUUUUUAAAUGCUGGCUAGAUGCAGUGGCUCAUGCCUGAAAUCCCAGCACUUUGGGAGGCUGAGGUGGGCAGAUCACUUGAGGUCAGGAGUUUGUGAACAGCCUGGGCAACAUAGCAAGAUCCCAUGUCUACCAAAAAUAAUAAGAAGAAAUAAAAAGGCUAAUAAAUCAAGGCUUUUUCUGCAUGCUGUAACUCAGUGAUAAACAGAGUAUGUAUGAAACGAAACACAGUGUGCCUUUGAAAAUGAACACAGUGUGCCUUUGAGGCUGGGCACAGUGAUUCACACCUGUAACCUGUAGUCCCAGAACUUUGAGAGGCUGAGGUGGGGAGGAUUGCUUGAGGCCAGGAGGUCAAGACCAACCUGGGUAACAUAGCAAGAACCUUUUUCCACGCAAAAUUAAAAACAGCAGGGCGCCGCUCCUGCAGGGGAGUUCUGCACCGCCCCGGGGGCCCCCACGCGAGGAUCUCCGAAGCUGCUGGCAGCGUCCGUCACUUCUGAGCGUGGGGAACGAAAGCCUGCAGGUUUCCUCCAGCUGGGGACAGCGAAGAGGGAAAGCGCAGGCGGAGGCCGUGUUAGGCCUCAGGCUGGGUAGGCCGGAUCACGUGAGGCGCGCCCAUCUUUUCGCCAUCCGGGGAGCGCGUGGCCCUCUCGGGACCCUGCUGGCGACCUGUAGGCUCGGGCACGAGCCUGUCGCAUCCCGCAGAAAGGAGGGGUCCGGCCUGAGGCCCGGGGCGGCGGCCGCUAUGGAGAUCCCCUCGGCUCACGGCCGGUGCCUGGGACCUGGCGGGCGGCACAGACCUCUCUCCUCCCUGCCCGGGCUGGGUCACCCCCAGCGGCACUUGGCCUCCCCCGCAUCUCCGCCUUCCCCGGGCCGCAGUGCUGCCUGGGCGUGGCGGCGCCCCGUUGAAUGUGCUGUGAGGGCCCAGGUUUGAAGCGCUGGUGAACGCAGCCUCCGGGGGCGCACGGCAGCAGCAGCGGUGGCGACCAAACGGGUGUUAGAGUUGGCGGCGGCCAUGGAGGGCCUGGCUGGCUAUGUAUACAAAGCGGCCAGCGAGGGCAAGGUGCUGACUCUGGCCGCCUUGCUUCUCAACCGGUCUGAAAGCGACAUCCGCUAUCUGCUGGGCUAUGUCAGCCAGCAGGGAGGGCAGCGCUCCACGCCCCUCAUCAUCGCAGCCCGCAAUGGACACGCAAAGGUGGUACUCUUGCUGUUAGAACAUUACUGGGUGCAGACUCAGCAGACUGGCACCGUCCGCUUCGACGGGUAUAUCAUUGAUAGUGCCACUGCUCUUUGGUGUGCCGCUGGAGCAGGAAAUUUUGAAGUUGUUAAACUUCUAGUCAGCCAUGGAGCCAACGUGAACCAUACCACAGUAACUAAUUCAACCCUCCUACGGGCAGCGUGCUUUGAUGGCAGACUGGACAUUGUGAAAUACCUGGCUGAAAAUAAUGCCAACAUCAGCAUUGCCAACAAAUAUGACAGCACCUGCCUAAUGAUUGCAGCAUAUAAGGGACACACUGAUGUGGUCAGAUACCUUUUAGAACAGCGUGCUGAUCCUAAUGCUAAAGCACAUUGUGGAGCCACAGCAUUGCACUUUGCAGCUGAAGCUGGGCACAUAGAUAUUGUGAAAGAGCUGAUAAAAUGGCGUGCUGCUAUAGUAGUGAAUGGCCAUGGGAUGACGCCAUUGAAAGUAGCUGCCAAAAGCUGUAAAGCAGAUGUUGUUGAACUGUUACUCUCUCAUGCUGAUUGUGGAAGUCGAAUCGAAGCUUUGGAGCUCUUGGGUGCCUCCUUUGCAAAUGACCAUAAGAAAUAUGACAUCAUGAAGACGUACCACUAUCUAUAUUUAGCCAUGUUAGAGUGGUUUCAAGACGGUGAUAACAUUCUUGAAAAAGAGGUUCUUCCACCAAUCCAUGCUUAUGGGAAUAGAACUGAAUGUAGAAAUCCUCAGGAACUGGAAUCCAUUUGGCAAGACAGAGGUGCUCUUCACAUGGGAGGCCUUAUAGUUCGGGAACGGAUUUUAGGUGCUGACAAUAUUGAUGUCUCUCAUGCCAUCAUUUACAGGGGGGCUGUUUAUGCGGAAAACAUGCAAUUUGAGCAGUGUACCAAGUUGUGGCUUCAUGCCCUGCAUCUUAAACAGAAAGGUAACAGGAACACCCACGAAGAUCUUCGAUUUGCUCAAGUUUUCUCAAAAAUGAUACAUUUGAAUGAAACUGUGAAAUCCCCAGAAAUAGAAUGUGUUUUGAGAUGCAGUGUUUUGGAAAUAGAACAAAGUAUGAACAGAGUGAAAAAUAUUUCAGAUGCUGAUGUCCACAAUGCUAUGGACAAUUAUGAAUGUAAUCUCUAUACCUUUCUGUAUUUAGUGUGCCUCUCUACCAAAACACAGUGCAGCGAAGAAGAUCAGUGCAAAAUUAACAAGCAGAUCUACAACCUGAUUCACCUUGAUCCUAGAACUCGUGAAGGUUUUACCUUGCUGCAUCUAGCUGUCAACUCCAAUACUCCAGUUGAUGAUUUCUACACCAAUGACAUCUGCAGCUUUCCAAAUGCACUUGUCACAAAGCUCCUGCUGAACUGUGGUGCUGGGGUGAAUGCCGUGGACAGUGAGGGAAACAGUGCCCUUCAUAUUAUCGUGCAGUACAACAGGCCCAUCAGUGAUUUUUUGACCUUGCACUCUAUCAUCAUUAGUCUAGUUGAAGCUGGAGCUCACACUGACAUGACAAAUAAACAGAAUAAAACUCCACUAGACAAAAGUACAACUAGGGUAUCUGAAAUACUACUUAAAACUCAAAUGAAGAUGAGUCUCAAGGGCCUGGCUGCCCGAGCAGUUCGGGCGGAUGACAUUAACCACCAAGACCAGAUCCCCAGAACUCUUGAAGAGUUUGUUGGAUUUCAUUAAGUGACUGGAUAUGUAAAAUCAUUUAAUGUGGCGCUAAAAAGUAAAGGACUUGAAUCACACACAAUAGAAUUAUGUGUUCAUAAAUUCUGCUUUUCUUUCCACUACCCUUCCUCCCAUCCCAUCCUUCCUUAGUUCUGUAUUUGUUUUUCUUGCCUCAUGGUAAUUGAUUUCAGACACUUUAAACAAAGCCACAUCAUUGUUUUGGUGUUAACUAUAAGGUAUUUGGAUAUUGGUCACCUAUUUGUCUUUCUUUUCUUAAAGGAACAGAUAUAAAAUGUUUAUGUAACAAGGGACAUUUAUAAUUUCGAGUUGAUAAUGUUUUAAACAGCUCCUUACGAAAGUAUUUUUGUUAAGCUGAUGUCAGUGUAUUACCCAUGCAGCAGUUUUGAGGAUUUCAUGAAGAAAAAUCUAAAAAGGAACAUUAAAAGGAAUGGGAUAUCCAGGUGUUCUGCACAUGCCAAACUGCUGUAGUUUUUACUCUUCCAUUAUUUAUAUGGAGUGAUGCAGCACAUUUUAGCAUUCAGGAGGAUUUAAAAAAAAAUAGCUGCAGAUUAAUCUGGAAAAUGUGCUAAUUUAAUAAUAGUUACACAUUUGUAAAGUUAAAUCCAUUUGAAAUUGUCUCAUUAUGCUGGGUAGUAUAUACAAAAUGGUUAUUAUCGUAAAUCAACUUUUCAGAGAAUCUUGAUGGACUCUGUCUUUAGGCUUGAAUUCUUCAAAGUCUAUUUUAAUGAAAUUUAUCUAAAUUGCAACAGUCUAUUUGAUUCAGCGCAUAGACAUGUAAAACAUAUGAAUGCUGUUUUCUUUUUUUUUUUUUUUUUUUGAUACGGAGUUUCACUCUUGUUACCCAGGCUGGAAUGCAAUGGCAGGAUCUCAGCUCACCGCAACCUCCGCCUCCUGGGUUCAGGCAAUUCUCCUGCCUCAGCCUCCUGAGUAGCUGGGAUUACAGGCACGCACCACCGUGCCCAGCUAAUUUUCUGUAUCUUUAGUAGAGAUGGGGUUUCACCAUGUUGACCAGGAUGGUCUGGAUCUUUUUACCUCGUGAUCCACCCGCCUCGGCCUCCCAAAGUGCUGGGAUUACAGGCUUGAGCCACCGUACCCGGCCCAUGAAUGCUGUUUUCUUAUGAAACAAACUGUCACAGUAUAGUUAUACAUUUUAUUUUUGUCCCUUCUUCCUUUUCCUCCUGUAUCUUAUCUUUUAAAAUUUGGAAACUACUUUUCCAGAAGGCAUUAUUUAUGCCUCCCUAAGAAGGUAUUUUAUUUGUGAUGAAAAGGAACCUGGAUAUUUUUUAAUUUUUUCACUUUCUAAGUCUGUGACAAGAAGUAGAAAUAUCACCAGUGUGGUAUAGGAACUUAUGUAUAUUUUAUGAUAUAAAUAAUUCUCAAUGCCACUUGAAAGGUAAUUUUGUCGGAGAGCUGCAAAUUUUUCAACCACAAAAUGUCACUUAUUCCAACAGGCUAUACAGAGGUCUUUAUGGUUUUUUGCUUUGUUUUGUUUUAAUGGCAACAUUUUAACUGUCAAACUAAAAGGGUAUUCUGUGAUUAUCUUUUAAGCAUAGCAGAAAUUCAAGUGAAAGUUACACACUUAUUUCUAUUGAUGUUAAGAAUGAUAAUGAAAGCAAAACUAGCUGUAUCUGUAAUUUUCUGUCUAGUGCCAAAUGAAUGCCUUAGCUACUCAUAGUGCAUGGUACUGUAAGUGAAGACCUGCAGCUUUUUUUUUCUUUCUUUAAUGAAAAGCAUUAUAAUGAGGUAGCAGCAUCAGAUAUAAACUUAAAAAAAAAUAAGGUUUUAAUUAACAUUUUGUCUAUGGAUAAUGCUUUGUAAAGUAUAAGAGAAAGGCUGCAGUUGGAUCAGUAUGAAACAAUGACCAAGCCAAAAUCAGCACCUACAAAUACUCCACAAAAUGAAAUAUUUUGAAGGGUGGGAGGGGACAGAAGGGGGGACUUUUCUCCAAGGAUGCAAGAUACUUUUUACAGUUGUUGUUAUACUUUGUGUGUCUUCUUGCUUCAGUUAGGAAUGUUUUGGUGGUAAAUUCUGUCACGGUAAUAGAUUUCUAUUUUCCUAACCUGAGAUUUUACAAGGAAGGUUUUUAGGAUGGCUUAAAGGGAGGUAUUUGAGUGAGCCCUAAUUUGAAAAUUACCAAACUUGUACCUUGCUCUUGGCAACUCUCUGUGGCCUGCAAGAGAAAAUGUACUUCUUCAAGGUGAGUGAAUCAUGCUUUUUCCAUGGUUCAGAUCAGACCCUUUGUUUUUCAAACUAUAAGGCCUACUUAUUGGACAGUCUGAGGAAUAGCUUUGAUACUUGGUAUUCAGUUGGUUCCAUUAUUAAUGUAUAUUAUUUUUAUUUAAACAUCAAAACUUAAAAUAUCAGAUAAUGUUGCAUGUUUUAAAAACACAUUUCAUCCCUUUGGCU